GCAACAAUGACAAUUGAUCAACUAUAGCCGCAACAAUGACAAUUGUUCAACUAUUAACUUGGGGGAAGCAGGCAGUUUACAAUCAGCUUGCCCUUCAUUGCCGCUCUGUAUAUCGCCUGCAUUUACAAAGGCUAGAUUUACAUCCUUGGACCAUAUGUUCCUUCAAAGUGAACAUACACAACAGAAUCAAGAACAAACUUUGCAUAUGUAUUCAUGACCAAGCAAAUGAAAGAAAGCAAUUUACAAGCAAGAACUAGAGGUGAAACCAAGUCACCCGAUUAAUUCAUUUGCAGAUGUUACCUCCUAGGCUAUUCACCGAAAGACUACUUACCGAAGCUAAGCCAAAUAUAAGGAUAAAGAUAUUUGUGCACCACUAUGGAUUAACAUCAAUCUCUAUAUCUGUCUAGAUAUUUCACAAAGAAGACUCAACUAACUACCAGACUCUCAGUUGAGUUAAAGGGUUCCAUGUGUUUGCCCAAGGGGUAUCAUAUUUCUGACAUGUGAAAUUAGCUAUGGUUAGAAUUCUUCAAAGGAGAUGAAAACAUGAAGGGGAAAGAUCCUAUGCAAAGUUAUGAACUAAGUUAGGGUUUAGGGUUAGCAUUUUCAAACAAUGUGCCUACUGAUUACUUUGUUUGGCAGAAUGCUACCAAGUGUCUUAUCAGAGUUUUCCAGCAGAUUGGCCCAGAUUCAACUGCAUUGUAUGUUCUGCCAAAACUAAAGGAGUUAUUCGACGAGUUUGCUUUUUCUCAGAAGAACACAUAUUCUGUUAAUUUGACUGGGAACAUGUCAGGGUCUAAAGUGAAAGUGGGUGAGGAAGAUUGCAUUGAAAACCGAAUGGACUUGGUGUUACUUUUAUAUCCUCAAUUUGCUUCUCUACUUGGAAUAGAGAGACUCCGCCAGUGCUGUGCUACAUGGUUGCUCAUUGAGCAGUUCCUUUUACGACAUCAUAAUUGGAGGUGGGAAUGUGCAGGGGAUUCCUAUCGAAGUGUUCCAAAUAUCCCAAGUGGUAGAAGACUCUCUCAGAAUGGCUCAGCAUCUGAAAAUACAUCUGCUAAACUCUUACUCAAUGGGGUUGGAUGGUCAAGACCACAAUCACAUGGUAAAAAGAGUAUCAAAACCAUCACACCGAGUAAAAGUAUGUAUGAGUUGUACCAGAGUCCGGCUGAGACGAUUGGAACAACUUCAAGUUUAGCAGUGCAGGAACCUUGGUAUUGGUUUCCUAGUCCUGCAUCUAAUUGGAAUGGGCUUGAUUUUGCAACUCAUGUUGGAGGUCUAAAGGUUGAACUUCCAUGGAAAAUCAGAGCAUCUAUCCUACAAUCUGUUCGUGCACAUCAUGGAGCUCUGAGAUCUUUUGUUGUUUGUCAGAAUGAGUAUACUGUUUUCACAGCAGGAGUUGGGCCAGGAUUCAAGGGAAAUAUUCAGAAGUGGGAUUUGUCAAGGGUGGACUGCAUGUCAAGCUAUAAUGGUCAUGAUGAGGUUUGUGUCAGUGAUACCGAUAUGCAUCUUAAUAGUUUAUUAGUUUUUCAGAUGUCAUUAGUUUGUUAAAGAUAAGUUUAUCUCUUAGAGAUUUAUUUAGAUUAGGAGUCUUUGUUUGAUUAGGAGUCUAGUAUAUAUCUUUAUAGUUUUAUUGAAGUUGAACUCUUUUAUAGAGUCUCUACAAUAGGGCUUUGCUCAGAAUUAUUAUUUUAUGAUGCAAAAGUA